AUGCGAUUUAGCAAAGUUGGUAAAACUGAACUUUUUUUUGGUGUGUUGGGAGUGCAUGAGAUGAGGAGAGAGUAUUUCAGAAAUCGAGAACAAAGAAACCCCUUUGCCCUUACCACCCGCUUCCACCAGCCACCAGGCGCGUUGCAGAAGUUUAUGGAAUGCCGCCACUCCUGUAGUGUCAUCUUGAUCGAUACACAAAACAGCUACCCACAAUCGUAUGCUGCAGAAUUCAUGGGACUGUCAGCUCUCAAAGCUGCAGCUAGAUUCCUGUCAAACAACCAUCCGGAAGUCAUUGACCACGAUUUCCUCUCCUCCAUCACUCAUUUCGAGGCUGGUGUCCUUCCAAGCGUAGGAGAGUGCGUGGUGUUCCAAUCGGCAGUCAAUGGUCGAUGUCUCAACAAGCAAUGCAAUACUCCUGGUGCAUUCGGACGAAACGGUAAGACUAUGAGCAAUCGGAUCUCUUUUGUGUUGACAUCCAGCAAUUCGUACUCGAAAGUAUUUCUCGAUUGGGUGAGGGUAGAAGUGCAUCUCUUCAAGAAGAUGAAUCCGCUACAUGCGCGUGUGCGAAUGAGAAGGUUCGUCAUGGCAUCGAAGACCUCAGAUGAUGAAGAGGCAUUAGCGAAAGACUUCUAGAGCCCUCAGAUUUGCUCUCCUUAUUAGCAACUUGAUAGACGAGGAAGCUGGGGAGUCCCGUUUCUGAACUUCGACUCUGUGCUCAGCACAGCGGCUGAGAAAUGGUUAGAAUUAUCCGCAACCUUUGAUUGGUGAAUUCCAAGCCCUUGUCACAAUCAAGUGCGUUACUUCAAGCUCAUAUCGAUCGCGGGACGACAUAGCUGAAGCCCGAUCAUCCAUUGUUGGUGAUUCCUGAAGAAAAUGGCCG